AUGAGAACUUAUCAAUUACUAAAUGAGUGGCUAAUUAAGCACCUAAUUUUAAUUUUAGAAAUAUAUACUUAGAACCUAGAUUUUAAGAUAAGUAAAUAGAAAAUUACUCAAGAUUAAUUAGAAAAAUUCUAAUCAUUGUAAUACGAACUAGUUUAUUGGAUAAUGAAAUAUUUUUAAAAUCAUUCACUACUUUAUGAAACAAAUGCAAGAGAUAUUUUUAAAAACAAUUUAAUCAUCAACUUCAGAAUUUAUUUUUAAAUCAAUAUUCUUAGUGAGAUGUCUUGGAUUGGAAUGUUUAACCCAUAUUUCAUCAUCAUUGGUUCUAAAUAAUUUGAUUAUUUUUCAAAACUAUAAAUAUUGUAUAUCAUUAUUAAACAGUUCUUUUUAAAAUAAUCAGAUUUGGAAAGCAAUCAUACAAUUAUUGGAUCAUUAAUUUUCAUUAUAAUGAAAGAUAAAUUUAUUUAUGUCGAUGAACCUGUAUUCGCUAAAAAAUAGACACUAUUGACAAUGCCAAUAGAAUUAAAAAAUUACUUUUUGAAUUGUAAACAAGGGUUCCUGCAUUAAAAACUUUAAAGUUAUGCAAUCAAAUCUGAUUCCUUACAAGGACCUACUUUGAAUAUUGUUUAGGGGCAUACUUAAUUAAAAUAUUCUUUAAAUAAUAGAGUAUCCAUUUUUAUAUCUUUAAUUAUGAUUAGUGGAGAAUCAGUUUAAUUAUUUAAAUCAGAAGCCCUUACAAAUAAAUGUAAAUUCUUAAUAUAAUUGAAUAUAUUGAAAAUUGUUAUGAAUCAUCCUUAGCUGAUAUCGACUCAUUCCUAAUUAAGAUAUACAUCCAAAUAAUUCCAAAUGAUUAAAAUAGAUCUGUCGAAUUAUAUCAUUCCGUAAAUUGAACAACUAAUAAAUAAUAUUUAUAAUAAGUUACACAAUAUUUGA